AUGAGAAUACACACUGGAGAAAAACCACAUCAAUGUGGUCGGUGUAAUAAGCGAUUUACUCAAAAGAACCAUCUCACUAGGCAUAUUCGAAUUCACACGGGAGAAAAACCAUUUAAAUGUGAUCAGUGUAUGAAGCAAUUUACACAAAAGAGUGAUCUCACUAGGCAUAUGAGAACUCAUAAGGAUAGUCUGUCUCACUGCUCAGGGUGUCAUCGUGGAUGUUCACAAAAUAUUGAAAAAGAAGCACAUGAAAGAGAGUGUGAACGAAGUCGAUAUGAGUGCUACCUUUGUAACAGAGAUGAAAAUAAGAAGAAGUUUGUUACUGUUGCAAAGAGUGAACUGAAAAUUCAUAUGAGAAUUCAUACUGGAGAAAAGCCAUAUCAAUGUGGUCAGUGUAAGAAGCGAUUUAGUCAAAGUGGAUAUCUCACUAUGCAUAUUCGAACUCACACUGGAGUAAAACCAUAUCAAUGUGAUCAAUGUAAGAAGCGAUUUAGUCGUAAGAAUUAUCUCACUGGGCAUAUUCGAAGUCACACUGGAGAAAAACCAUAUCAAUGUGAUCAAUGUAAGAAACGAUUUAGUCAAAAGGGUAGUCUCACUAAGCAUAUGAGCAUGCAUAAGGAUAGUCUAUUCCACUGUUCAGGGUGUCGUCUUGGAUUUUCACAAAAUAUUGAAAAAGACUUACAUGAAAGAGAGUGUAAUAGACGUCGAUAUGAGUGCUAUCUUUGCAACAGGGAUGAAAAUAAGAAAAAGUUUGUUACUGUUGCAAAGGCUGCAUUAGAAGCACAUAUGAAAAUACAUGCUUAA